AUGCAGCAUUGCUUUUUGGAUAAGCUAACAAAUGGUUAGCAGCAGUUAGCCGGCGCUUCUUUUCCAGCAUAGUUUAUUUACAAGAACCUAAAUGUUUUCAACUCUCCAAAGGUGAUAUAUUGGACAAAUAUUUUCUCGGACGCAGAUAUGUAAACGUUAACGGAUUUUACGGUAUAGAGACGUAUAACUUUAGCGCAAGAUAAAGGCUCAUACUGGAUAUGUACGUUAAUAUUAGUUAAGUUAGCUAACGUUCAGUAACUUAGUUUCUAUUGAACCUAGCUAACAUUAGCAGGAAGCCUAGGACAGUAACGUUACACAGUAUUUAUCAGCUCAUGCUAAUUUUAUUUGUAAACUUCUUUUGGUAGCAGGGAAAUUACAGGAAAUAGCAGGAAAUUACAAAAAAAACUACCAUAAAAUACGUAACGUUAAUGUGUUAUUAGACAUUCAUAAGCCAAGAAAAUGUCAGUGACAGCGUUGUGUAAACUUUGAUGGAACUUGCUUUUAAGCAUCUAUCCUGACAAUAGCUGAACGAGCUAUUGUAAAGCUGGACAUUCACAGCACAUGCACAGCUGUGCUUAUCUUUUGAUAACUAAGCUAUGCCAAAUGACUCAUCUGCUGUCUAUACCAUAGAGUAUAAUAGACAUAAUGCCUUGACAGUGCACUCAGUUUGUAGGAAUUAACGACUUUGGAUUAAUUGAAUAGUUAGUUUAUUAGCUAUUUGCCAUGGCAAGUGCCUUAGCAGCGAAAAUGGGAUUUAACUCACUGAUGAGAAAACAAGCCAGGAACUUCAACGUCAGGAUCUGCACAAUGGAGUCAGACAUGGAGUUCAGCUGCGAGGUCAAGUGGAAAGGAAAAGACCUUUUUGACUUGGUGUGCCGAACUCUGGGGCUGAGGGAGACAUGGUUUUUUGGGCUCCGGUACAACAUCAAGGACACAGUUGCUUGGCUGAAGAUGGAAAAGAGGGUUCUGGAUCAGGAGGUACCAAAGGAGGAACCGAUCACCCUUCACUUCCUGGCCAAGUUUUACCCUGAAAAUGCUGAGGAGGAGCUAGUGCAAGAUAUAACACAGCAUCUCUUCUUCCUACAGGUGAAGAAGAAGAUCCUCGAGGAGGAGAUUCACUGUCCACCCGAGGCCUCUGUGCUGCUGGCCUCUUACGCCGUCCAUGCCAAGUACGGAUACUAUGACCCCAACAUUCACAAACCUGGCUUCUUGGCUGAGGAGGAACUGCUGCCAAAGAGGGUGAUUAACUUGUACCAGAUGACUGCAGAAAUGUGGGAGGAGAGGAUCACAGCUUGUUAUGCAGAGCACAGGGGAAGGACGAGGGAUGAAGCUGAGAUGGAGUAUUUAAAAAUAGCUCAGGACCUGGACAUGUAUGGCGUCAAUUACUUUUUAAUAAGGAAUAAAAAGGGAACAGAUCUUCUUCUGGGAGUGGACGCCCUGGGUCUGCACAUCUACGAGCCGGACAACAGGCUGACACCCAAGUGCUCCUUCCCUUGGAAUGAGAUCCGCAACAUCUCCUACAGUGACAAGGAGUUUACCAUCAAACCUCUGGACAAGAAAACCAAUGUUUUCAAGUUCAACUCUUCGCGGCUAAGAGUCAACAAGUUGAUCCUCCAGCUGUGUAUAGGGAACCAUGACCUGUUUAUCCGCCGCCGGCGGGUGGACUCGCUUGAAGUACAGCAGAUGAAGGCUCAGGCCAGAGAAGAGAGGGCCAGAAAACAGGUAGAGAGGCAGCGUCUGCAAAGGGAGAAGCAGCUGCGGGAGGAGGCAGAGAGAGCCAGGGACAAGCUGGAAAGGAGGCUGAUUCAGCUGCAGGAUGAGGCUCACAUGUCCAACGAGGCACUGCUGCGUUCGGAGCAGACGGCGGACCUGCUGGCUGAAAAGGCUCAGAUCGCGGAGGAGGAGGCCAAGCUGCUGGCCCAGAAAGCUGCUGAGGCUGAGACAGAGAUGCAGCGCAUCAAAGUGACUGCCAUCCGUGGCCAGGAGGAGCGGCGGCUCAUGGAGCAGAAGAUGCUGGAGGCAGAGAUGCUGGCCCUCAAGAUGGCCGAGGACUCAGAAAGGAGGGCCAAGGAGGCUGAGCAGCUGAAACAGGACCUGCAGGAAGCCAGGGAGUCUGAGCGCAGGGCAAAGCACAAGCUGCUGGAGAUUACCAGCAGGGCUUUGUAUAUGUCCCCCGGACUGCCACCUGACAGCAUGCCUCCCGACCUGAGCUUCAGCAGGGAGAACCUCAGCUUUGACUUUAAAGAUACUGAUAUGAAACGCCUCUCCAUGGAGAUCGAGAAGGAGAAGGUCGAGUACAUGGAGAAGAGCAAGCACCUGCAGGAGCAGCUGAAUGAGCUGAAGACGGAGAUUGAAAGUCUGAAGCUGAAAGAGAGGGAAACUCCUCUGGACAUCAUUCACAACCAGAACACCGAGCAGGGGACCAGCAAGCACAGCAACUUUAAAAAGCGUUUGUGUGUGACCCGCCCCUCUCCUUUUAGCUCGCUGCAUUCCCUGAACACAAACCUACUUCAAGCCAUCCACAACAUUACCACACUGAAAGAAAUGCCGGGACCACAGUGUAUAACGCUACCUGAAAGCUUGAAAUUUUAUUUGCAGUCUUUAAAACAUGCAACGAUAUCAUAAAAUAUGCUGCAAAUAUGCAAACUUUAAACUACUCAUAUAAGAAGCUGAUGUUUGCACUGAGAGUGAAGUUAGCAAGAGGAACAGUCAAAAAGCAAGCAAGGAUCACUUGUGUUAGCAGCUACAGUAAUGCUUCUUCCAACCUGCCUCAACCCCUCCUGAUUAAAGGCAAAACUAUUACUGAAGCUGUUUAAUUUACAGGGUCAUGUACUCAUAUCUCUUUAUUACCAAACCAAAUAAUACCAGAUUCUGAAGAAUGACACUAACUCAGGAAUUGAGGUUAAGAAAAAAAACAGCCAGCCGAAUUUAAAGGUUCUUCGUGGAGUUUUCUUGUAAACAAACAAAAGUUAGGAUUAUAUUCAUUGUGACUUACCAAAAUGAAUUGUGUAUCCUUGAGCUCUAACAAAUGUGUUGAAUGCAUUUGCAAAGCCGAGCUUUCAAGUAUUUUAAAUUCGGAAUCGUUUACAUCCAUGUUUACUUGCUAGCAGUCUUCUUCUUCCCUGCCUUUGCUGGCACAUUGCCGCAUAUCUUGGCGUAUUACCGCCACCUGUUGAUCAGUUCCUCGUGAACAUGCAUGAGAUAAAUUGAACAGGGCUAUUCAACAGCUGUCCAAUCAGCUGGAGACACAUGAAGUUGUGAAGUGUAAAUGUUGUCUUAUCUUACAUCAUCUUCCAAGGAUAACUGUCUGUCAAACAUUUGAUAGUCCUCCCUCAUACAACGCCUGUGCCUAACCAUCAUUUUAUUUUAUGAUUUAUGGUAUUUAUUCUCAGAGCAUCACUUAAUAGCAAUGCUCUCCACGUGGCCCAGGGUUCAUUUAUCAGCCUCAAGUUUCUUCCUUGAUGGAGCCCGCUGGGGGAAGCCAUUCAUUUUCUAUAAUGACCUCUAAAAGUGCACAAUGAUUACUAGUCUUAAGCAUAUUGGGAAAAAAAUCACACAGAUCAACUGAGAGGGAAAUCUGUGGUUUUGUAUGUAUCUUACGUCGACUCUAUCAGUAAGAAUAGCUAUUUCAUCUUACCCAAGUUCCUUGGCUUGGCGAUGAUAUGAAAUGACAGACACUGAAGUGACAGACUCGUUCAGCUUGAGAAAUAUUCCUGAAUUGAUUGGUCAGAGGCAAUGGAACUGUCCUAUGAUGAACUGGCAGAUUAGACUAAUUCUGCUUUAUCUUCCCAAUCCAGUAUCUCUCUAAUUUCAAUAAAAGUAUCAAAUGAAAAUUUGAGUUAUGUUCUCAGCAUAUUGUAUAACAAAAAAAGGCCACCCCUCCUCCCUUCUUGUUUCCCAGUGUAAAAUACACUUGUUAAGGGAGCACUAAUUGAUUUUUGCUUGGUAAUUAGUCAUUCUGAUUGAUGGGGGCACCUCGGGUAUGCAGGGGGAUAAGGAGCUAAGUUAAAAGUGUUGGUUUAAUUGAACCAGAGGCGGUCAGCAUUCAUCUUGUUAGUGAGGGAAGGGGCGGGGGCACAUGGCAUUGCAGAGAGAAGGGAAGAGAGUGAGGAAACUAAGUCAGCUCUGCCAAAAGAGGCGAGAAGUUUACGGGAGGCUGAGGUUUACCAAAAAUGUUCAAAGGAUGUGGAGUGUGAGGGGCGGCUGAGUCACGGAGAAGUGCUAAGAAUGCACUAUGAAGUUGGCGACCAGAGAGGGACAAGAUGAGGGGGGAGACGGUGGGAAAAGAAGAGCAGAGGGAAUGUGGAAUGAAGCACAGAUGUCUCAGCCAGAGGCAUCAGGACCAGCUGCACCCCCGGGCGGAGUUUUCUCCGUCCAGACUCCCUCUCCCCACUGGAUGAUUAAUGAAUGGCCCCUUAACACGGCCCAGCGCCUUUGCACUUCUACGAGGCCACAAGUUCUGCUCUGUUGGCACCGGGGCUGCCAGGAGAGCUCAUUCUCAACAACUGAAUCACAACACAAGAGCUGCAGUGAUUCUGAAGUUUCACUAAGAGGAAAUGUUUUUUUUAUAUAUGGCAGUCCACCCAGACUGUGUGAAGUGGCACACAAAGGAGGUCAACCAUCAGGGUUACUCUCAUUUCGCUCUCCUGCAUAUUGAAACAACAUACAGAAGGAUUUCUUGUCUGGAAAUAGCUUGCUGUUGUGCCAUUGUCAACAUUAAUACCUGGGACAUUGAAUAAAGAGUUCUUGCUCUUCCCAGCUUGGAGACUGUGGGCAGUGUGGAGUACAAUGCCGCAGAGUCAUCGAUAAACACACACUCGGGCUUUCACACUCACAAGAGUAGUUCAGGCUGCCUGUCAGCAGGGACAAUGGAAGGUGAUCUGUAAACAUCAUGCUGCAAAUCCAUCUGUCUCCCACACAUUAUCUGUUUGGAUUUGUUUAAGUCCCUCCAUCUACACAUUCCCCAGAAAUAACCUGGAUUUCCCCAGCUGUCCUCCUUCAUCCCUGGUCUAAUAUUUACUUUGGCAGCUGCUUAAAUUCCCUUCACCCUACAGAUGUUAGAGAGAGGAAAAAGUUUGUCCAGCCAAUUUGAAGUAGUGCUCACUUAUGCUGUAUUAGAUGCACUAAUGGUUAGCUGUACUGAAGGGGUUAAAGCAAAGACAGUGGCCUGGAUUAAUCCAUCACCAGCUCAUUUAAACCUGGAGAGAACAACAAUUAAUAGUGCUCUGUCUGACUGGCAUUGAUCUUCUACUCAUCCUGCCCUCCCUGUCUGUUCAAUUGUCUCUGCAGUACUAGAGAGUUUGGAAGACCUACAUAUUUCUUUGUCCAUCAGGGCCAGUUGUAAACUGAUCGUGCCCGAUUUUUUCUUCUGUGUAAGAUGUAUCAAUAACGCUGCAUGCCUUCACAUACCAUCAGAGAGUCAUUAAAAACAGAAUAACCUUGGGGGUAUGUUUUCAGUAAACACAAAAGUAUACAGACUCUCCAAUUAUCCUCUCCUUAUGAGCACUUAGUCUUUUGAUUAGUCAAGGGAAACAAUUCAAAUCACGUGUUUUGCUGGAAUGUGCUGUGGUUCCUAGUGCCUUUUUAAUUUUACUCUGUUCAUCAGAGGCAUGCCUGGAUUAAACAUGCAUGUGUGUGUACGUCUUCAUUAGAAGUGCAGCUAACCUAACUUUAGUUAAAUCAUGGAUUUUGUAUAUUAUUGUAUAGUGUUGUUAUUAUUUUGUGCAGGUUAACAUUGGUAGCAAGUGCAAUUUAGGUGGGACUAAUUUGAAAAUAAACUGAAAGAACUCCAGUGAUGCUUCAGAGUUUACAAAUGCCAACAAUCAGCCUGACUGAUUAAUGUAUAAUUCUCACAUGAAACAAUGAAGCACAGAAAUGGGAUUUUUAUUAUAAUACUUUUUUUUAAAGCCCCUGAAAUCUAAAGUAUUUAUCUUUAACAUUAAAUAUUCAUGACUAAAUAAUUAGCAAUCAAAGUUUACGAUGUAUUUGGCAUCACCUUUUUCCAGCUGAGCCCCGCCCACUUCCAAGCGGUUAGAAAAGCACAGAGGGGGAAAAAAAAAGAAAGAAUAAAGAAAUCUCUAAUUUGACACAACCAAAACUGUUCUAACCACAAUACCAUGGACAUGGAACAGACAAAAAAUGUUUGGUCCAUUAUUUUCCACAAUGUAGCAUAUUGCUGAAUGUGUAAUACACAAAAUUAAUGACACACACUGCUUCCAUGAUUUUAAUAAGGCUUGAAGCGCAACCAGCUCCCCAGAACUACAGAGACCCGUCUAGGGUGCAGGGGGUUUCACACAUGUGCACCCAAACUGAAUUCUAAAAGUUUGGGCAAUCUUCUUUCAUCCUGCAAGCUUGAUGACCAUUAACACAUGGGCUACGUUUUUCUGGUG